GAGCCGAUGUGAUGUGCACUGCACACAGAGCACUGAACCGACCUGCCUGAUGUUUGUAAACUCGUGCUGCUGUUUCUGCUUGAUUCUUGCGUGUUUGUCAGGGUGCCUUUGGGAUGCGGUGACCCGGGCUUGAAGCCAUGCAGAGCCUCGCGUUCGAGGCGGCUGAGAGCUACGGGUACUCGCAGUAUUACCACGCCUCGCCAGGCUCUUCAGGGGAUUCCUCCUCGGGCUCGAACGAAAGUUGCUCGUCCCCGCAGCGGCCGACCCUUCUGAACUCGGUAGACGAGCGCCUUUUCCAGCUCUGCAGGGAGGAGGGCACGACCAAAAAGCCAUGCCCGUCUCGGCUGUUAAAGAAGCUAGUAGCGCGGGAGGGAUUGGGCACUUUGUUGGUGCGGCUUUUCCCUGGCGACCAGGGCUAUAAGGUGUCCAUCAAGGAUGCCAGCGGCCGCAAUUCAGCCUACCCUUCAGGCGAAACCAAGGUGUCACCCACGAUCGUGUCAACUUAUGACGAGGAUGAGCUGCUGCCAUACAUAGACCGAGAGGAGUUGCCCCCGGCCAUUGCAGAUCUGCUUGAGGACAGUUCAGUGCCUUUGUUCUACGCAGGCUGCGUCGUGGCUGAGAUAAUGGACAUGAGGCACUGCCCAGCGGGACACGCCCGAUUUGUUCUUUUGAAGCCUACUGAUCAGAGCUUGCUGUGUGAUAUCAACCAGCUGACAAGCGAGGGCAACUGGACUGCGCAGGAGAAGAUGGAGAUCGAGAGCCAGUUGAUAUUGGCCACUCAGGGUCCCCUUUGUCUUGAUCCAUCUCCUUCAGUGGCUGUUCGAAAUGCUAGAGCUCAUUACCAAGGCCUUGAUCUUAGUUCGCCACCACUGCGAAGACUCGUUCGAAAAUACUCUCAGACUGCGAUAAAUAAGCGAAGAAGGUUGAGUCAGUAUCUGAAUUCAUGCAGCACACCCUUAUUGCGUCACUUGGAGAAGCGGCCUCGAAACAGACCAACGCAGCCUGUCAAAUUGCCCCCACAGAUGUCCAAUGGUUAUGUCGCGCCACCAGACCCAGCAGAAGUGCUUCGCCUGGCAGAUAAAAUAUUGGAAGGGCCUCCCCAGUCCAGCGAAUGUCUGCCACAACUGGUUGAAGAAUAUAUUCUCCAGACAGAAAGAGCUCAAGGCAGAGUUUAUCACAUAAAACUGAGUUUGCUGCAGAGACCGUCGACAACGGAAUAUUUUGGAGAGCUGUAUGUCGAUCGCGAUUUCAAAGAGGGUCAGAAAAAUGGAGCGUCAUGCAGAUUUUCUUUGGGAACACAGUGGCACGCCAAAAAGUAUAUAGACCAAUUUUGUGAAAUUUUCACUGAGGAAGGGAGAAAAUUAGUAACUAUCACUCACAUUGUGCCGGGAAUGCCUCCCACUGUGACUAAUACAUGGGAAAAGAAGGAAGAAGAGAAUAAAUUAGAGGAAAUGGCAAUAAACCCGCUUGCCAUGCACAAACCUUCUGCGUUGAGUAAUCCUAUUCUAGGGGUGCCUCUAUCACUGGUGCAACAGCAGCAAGCACUUCAACAACAACAGCAGCCGCCGCCGCCGCCAAUAGUCCGAGUUCAAACGAGUCCAACGAAACCUGUGUCUCCCACUAGGCACAACAACGCAACCAGUGCUGCCAUAAGUGCUUUGGCCACAAGUCUGAUGAAUUCUGCGCAGCAGUUUCAACAACAGGCAGCAGCGGCAAAUGCAGUGCCACAACAAAUCGCCCAAAAGGGCCGCAGGCCCAGCAAUACCCUGCUUACUGCCCGGUUGAAUGCACCGGUGCAGCAGAUCACCCCUCAAGCAUCUCCUCAACAAAGUCUGCUCUCUCCUCAACCAGCGCGAAUGUCAGCGUUGACUUCGCAACUAAAUGCUCCUCCGGUGAUCGCCCCUGCUCAGCCUUUUGUUAACUUUUCUUAUGCGGUGCCUAACAAAAUGGUUGCCACCCUACGCCCUGCCUUCACUCAGAACAGCCCGCAGCACAGACAGAUGUCGCCUCAACAAACUCAGCAAAUCAGCCAACCACUAACGCCUCAGCAACAACAAUCUCCUCAAGUUCAAGUACAGCAGGAAUCCAACCUGGGCAUGGCCAUGCCUGGGCUCUCUGCGCUCUUAGCAGGUACCCCAUCUGCUGAUAAUCCGAUGCCUAGUUCCACAAACAACACAUCAGUGCUUCUUGAGAAACUCACAAGCCCAACUGUUGUUCCUGCUUACGUGGGACCUGCGCCCACUCCUCCGUCGCCAGUGGCUACCUCUCAAAGUCCUAAGCCAAUCACCCCAUCACCUAUGUCAAGUCCCUCAACCCUUUCGGUGUCAUCAGUGUCAAACUUAAAUUUGCACCUAGCCAGUCUGCAGGAAGCUAUGGCGCGCGUUCCAGCUUUUCAGAAUGUUCAGGAGACUGAAAUUAUGGAUGCAUGGGAAUUUGUUUCCAUACCAGGAUUGCCAAAUCCCAUAUCUCUCUCCCUUAAUGUUUCUCAAAAUGCUGUGCAACCUUCUGGUGUGAUUGUCCCCACCUUGCCAAUAGCAAACACGGCCACGCUGACCUCUCCCUCAGUGGUAGCGCCGGCUCCCUCUCCCCAGCCCAUCACUACCCAACUCGGCACCUUGAAUGUCAGCCCUGCCAACCAUACCAUGCUGCUAACAGCCAACACAAUGGCUGGGACUGGUCAAGUUUUGUCUCUUCCUGUUGCUCAAGUUAUGGCGCCAGCUGGAGUAAAGACUGCUCUAAGUCAAGGACUUAGGCCUACCAGUCCAAUGGCUAUCCCUCAGCUCACCCAAACCAACCCACAACCUAUCCAGUUGCUGGGAGCAAUACCAGGACAAGUUCAACGCAGUAGGCUCAUUCAAAGGAGUCCCACAAACACUACCACUGUGAAGUUGCAGGGGCAAACCCCCCAAUCAAGCUUGCAAGCUGCGCUUGGACAGCCAGUUAUGGCUCUGACGCCACAGCAGCAGCUGCAGUUGACUUUACAAAAGCACCCUCAGCUGCAGCAGUGUUUGAACCAGAAGGUGAAUGUGAAGCCCCGACGCCGCUCCAGUGCUGCUGAGCCUAAAUGACCGACUGUUUGCGAUACUAACAAAAAAACGUUCUUUUUACUCGUCGACAGUGCAUUUGUAUUUAUUAUUAGUUGAUAUUUUAUUAAAACCCGCCACAUUGAUGAAGAAA